GCUCACACAUUUACGCAUACCCAUUACCCAACCCACACAUGUACAAAAUAAUAUUUUCUAAGAGCAGACAGAAACAAAACAGAGGCUUGUUAAGGGGUGAUUGCGGAUGACGCGAAUGUAUCAUAAAGUCGUGUUUAAGAAACUGUGUCGGAAUUUACGUUUUUACUUUGUGCUGAUACGUAUUAAGAAUUUUGCUCGGUGCGUAAUUACUUAUUGGUAAUAUUUGUGAUUAAUAUUAUUACUCGAUUGUUAAACCAGAAUCCACCUAAAAAUGAUCAGAAUCCUUCGAGUUUGCUUCUACCAGCUGCUAAUUUCAACACUGACAUUAACUUCAGCUCAAUCAACUCACUUCUGUUAUGGCAAUAUAUACUGCAACUGCAACGCAGAAGACAUCAACAAUAAGGCAUAUUUCUGCAGCGAACCCAGCAUCAAAGACAUGGUAAUUUUGAACGUACGUUACACCGCUAAUAUCACACAUAUAGAAAUCGAAAGCGUGAAAACUUUCAACCAACCAGAUUACCAUAUGUUAUUUGCCAACAUAGACGAAUGGACUUCGCAUCCAGUCAAUUUCACAAUACAACAAUCUGCAGUUCCAGCGGUACCAUUUAUCGAACUUUUCAACAUUUUCAGCCUGAAAAACACAGUCCGAAAUUUAACUUUCACAAAGGCGAAACAGCUACCUGACUCAACAGCGCCUCCUGUUUUCAGGUCAAAUCACCUCUCAAAACUGUAUUCAGUUAUUGUAUUGAAUUUAUCAGAGAACAAUUUCGAAGACUUGCCCGAACACCUAUUCGCAGACAUGGUUAAAUUAGAACAACUAUUCUUGAAUGGGAAUAGUCUGCGAAAACUGCCAGCUAAAAUAUUCAAGUCUUUGAAAAACCUCAAAGUCCUGAACCUUUCUAGAAAUCGGCUUCUUUUAAUGAAUGAAAAACCGUUCUUAAAGCCGGAUUCGGGGACUGAAAUAAACUUAAUCGAUAACGAUUUCGAAUACGUACCGGAGGAAGUGGUCAUGAAAGUGGUAUUGAAUAAAAAUCAUGUGCGAAGAAUGCCUGCCAAAAUAUUCACCCCUUUGAAAAACCUCACAAGUCUGGAUCUUUCUGAGAACAAGCUGUCGUCGCUGGAUAAGUAUAUUUUCCGCGAUUUAAUUUCUUUGGAAAAUUUGAACCUGAAUGGAAAUAAUAUUUCAGACCUAUCGUACUCGUUAUUCAAAUCGCAAACUCACUUGAAAAAUUUACAGCUGGCAAACAACCAAUUGAAAAAUUUAACGAUGGGUGUUUUUCGUAAACUGAAAAACUUGACUACUUUAAAUUUGAGCGGAAAUAGAUUAAAUGACCUGACGAAGCCGGUGUUCAGCUCAUUAACUCGGCUAGAAAACUUGCAAUUGGCGAACAACGAAAUAAGCGAGUUGAAAAAAGGCAUCUUUGAUGAUUUAAAACAUCUCAAAACGGUGGAUUUGUUCGGCAAUAAAGUAAAUCCUCAACCCCGAACUACAUCGUGGACUGCAAAGAAAUGCGCAUAUCACGAACCCGAAUUUCGCUCGUGGCUAUGGAAACUUGGAUCGCAUUUGGAAAAUGCUUUCAAGGGAGCUUUUGGUGCCACAGAAACGUUAACGCCACGAACAUACCUUUUACGUGGCGGAGUCGGCCAUAUGCGCAACAUUUUACCCUAAAACUGUUUUUCAAUUUCAUACCACUAACAGUAACCAGGGGACUAAAGCAGAAAAUUUUAGGAACAGACGAAAAUGAAAGGAAAGAGAAUGCAAAAAUACAUCACAAGCCAAACUUCCUGGUGUUAAAGCGCAUUUUUGGAUUUGUGGUGAAUUUUUAAAAAUAUCUUGUAAUUUGAGCCAAAAAUGGAGAAAAAUCAAAAUUUUACCAAAUUGACCUAGAAAGCUAAAAUUUGGUAUGCGCCCUAUUUUUGACCAACCAAAUUAAUUGGGAACAGUUUCUAACAGUUUCGAGCAGGUCUGGAAGCACGAGAUAAUUUUUGAAAGUUUUUUCCACGGAUUUUUAAAAAAAUCGAAAAAUAAAUGUAGGCAGCCGAAAUUUUGGUUGUUGAGGUUUCAGACCAUACUCUUUCCAAAAAUCGCGGUCCCGUUCAAGUCGGAGGCGGACACCUCGAGUGGUUUCUUUGUGAGUCGAUUGGAAUAGUCUUCAGUCACAUUUUGGAAAUUUCAAAUUGUCAAAAAGGGGUUUAAAAAAACUGUCAAAAUUAUUAUGUGGGAAUUUCAAAUUUCAAAAAGCUGCUGGAGGCUCUAGAACUGUUGUUCCUAUUUGAAAUAGUUUUCAAUCGAUUCAGAGAGUCGAAAAUAGAGUACCUAAUACAUAGGUUUGGGCACUAACAUACCAAAUCUUGGCUUUCGAAGUCAAUUUGAUAAUUUUUUUCUCAUUUUCUGACUUUUUGAUUUCGAAUAAAUGAAAUUUUGGCUGGUCAAUAGUUAUGUGCUUUUUCAUGCUCUUUCGAUUUAGCUUUGUCUGGUUCAAAAUAUUUUCUGCAAGUUGAAUUGUAUUUGUAUAUAAGUGUAAAAUAUUUUCAUUUUCAUCUUUUUAAAUGUACCUACUUACGUAAUUUACUCAUAAAAAAAAAGUUAUCCAUCGGAUGUGCUUUUUACUAUUCUGUAUUCAUAUACUUAAAUUUAUAAUUUUUAAAUUUUUUUAAUAAUCGCGAUAAUUUGCGAAAUUUUACACAGUGUUUGUCAGUUAUUGUUGUUGACUUUAUUACAUGUCUUGCUCUAGUAUUUACCUAUCAACCUGCAUUUCAUUUGAGCAAGAAGCCAUAAUAUCAUUAGGUUUACUUUUUUUUGUACCUAUAUACUUAAGUUAAUCAGUUAUCAUAAGUUGUUCUCACCUCAAUUUCCAUUAGAUACGUCUUGAAAAAUGAA